AUGCAAGAAGGACAUGGAGUUGUUGGAAUAGGUCCAGAGGAUGGCAACAAAGAUGAUCAGAAGGCAGGAGCACCACUACUACAAGAACAGUCUGAGAGAGCUGGGGCUUGUCAGCCUGGAGAAAAGGAUGGAGAAACUUUGCAGAGAGAUUUUGACAAACUAUUUGGCUGGACAGUCAGCAGCUGCAUAAAAUUUGACAAGAGUAUCUUCAAGAUUCUGUACCUGGGAUGGGACAACCCUGGUUAUAUGUACAGAUUGGAGGAUGAGAAGCUGGAGAGCAGCCCUGAAGAAAAGAAUCUGGAGAUUUUGAAUGAUGGCAAGUUCAGUAUGAGUCAGCAGGUUCCUUCAGAUGUGUUUUUUGUAAAUUCACUGUGGAAAGGAUUUUAUGAAUAUCUAGGAAAAAGACAGCCUGCUACUCUUACUAUUGAUUGGUUCAACACUACAAGCAGCAAAGUGAAUGCCACAUUCACUGAAGCAUCCAGCCUACAACUCAAACUAUCAGGUGUUUACAAGAAGGAAGAAGCCCAUUUGCUACUGAAAAUUUUUCAGAUCAGAGGAUCUAACGACAUUUUCCUAAACAAGUUUGAAAAUGACAACUGGGCGCUAGAUGGUUAUGUGUCAUCGGGGCUUGAAAGAGGUGUUUUUACUUAUCAAGGAGACAUACAUGGAAAAGAUUUCGGAAAAUUUAUGCUCCAAAGACAAGGUCCUUUAAGUGCAGACACAGACCUUUCAAAUCAUUAUUAUGGUACAAACAGCAGUUCUGUUGCAGCUGCCAUCCUGGUACCUUUCUUUGCUCUAAUAUUAUCAGGGUUUGCAUUUUACCUCUACAAACACAGAACAAGACCAAAAGUACAGUACAAUGGGUAUGCUGGACAUGAAAACAGCAAUGGACAGGCUUCAUUUGAAAAUCCUAUGUAUGACACAAACUUAAAACCCACAGAGGCAAAGGCUGUGAGGUUUGAUACAACUCUGAACACAGUUUGUACAGUGGUAUAGCCUUCAGUGCCCAAUAUGACUGAUUCAUAGCCAUACCUCUGAUGGACAAGCAGUAAUUCCUUUGGUGCCAUAUACCAGUUUCCCUUCUUCUCUUGGCUUUGCUGCUGUAAUCUUUAACAUCUUCUGUGAGCCUACAUGCAGCUAAAUUUUCUGGUAAAAAUGUGUCAGUCUUCUGGGGAUCAGAGAAGGAAUAUUUUUUCACCUUAAGUUGGAUUAAAAUGCCUGGCUGCGUCUGCUUCAACUCAAGGCACACUUUAAGGAAGACUGCCAAGUCACAUCAAUUAGUCAUAUUUAAUGCCUCAGACUAUCAUAUUUGUAUGUGGCUGGAUGCCUUUCAAUGCAUUCUUCUGGGCACCUGGAUAAAUCCUUUGAGUACUGUGACAAAUGAUAGCACCACAGAUUUUCCCCAAGAACAGGAAUAUUCUGAAGAAAUAAAGCUCUCUUGAAGGAGAACACAACCUUCCUUGAGGUUGCAUACACCUGCAAAUGCUUUACCAUUGAAAUCUUGCUAAAAGAAACUUACAGUGUAUCUCAUACAUAGGGCACUUUGCCAAUUUCCCAAUCAGCUGUUAUAUUGCAAAAUGUUAAUGCACAAUUUUUUUGCACUAGAGCGUUAUGGAUGACUGAUUAAGAUACUGGUACAAAUAUACAGGGUUUCUACUGUUCAUUGUAUAUAGGCAUUCACUCACUUUUUGCCAAGCAAAACGUUCCACAAUAAAUUUUCUUGAAAUAUUAAAUGAUUAGCCCCAUGCUUAGCACCAGUUAAAAUCUUGUGCAAAAGAGGACAAUGUAUCUUUUGUCAAAGUUUGACUAAAUUUAUUUCUAACCAUGAUUACAAAUCAAUGGACACUUUCAGCCAGAACAAGAGCCCAUUUCUAAGAAAUUUUCGUUGGCAGUAUGAUUGUUUUCUUCUGAAAUCUGUCAUCAAUCACCAAUUGUCAGUGUUAUACUAUUUAACAGCAGGGGGGUUAGCAGCUAUUGCUGCUUGCCAUGUAAAAAUGUGAAUAGUAAUUUAUUUUAGAUAGCUCAUAAAGCCUGUGAGCCAGUGCUCAUAAUACAGUCUUCCCUUUUGCAUUUUUUUUUCAUUCUUUUCCUGUAAUAUGACAUUAUUUUCUCUGUUACAUGGAACUAAAACACAUUAUAGUAGCAUAUGUACACCCAGUGCAAAUUGUCUAUAUCAAACUGUCAUUCAGUUUCUACUUCGAGCAAAGAGAAAUAUUCAGCCAUCUCUUUGCUUUCUGAAUGGUUUUUUGUUUGUUUGUUUGUUUUCCCGAUUUCUAAACACAAUGCUUUUAUUGCUCUUCUACUCAGUUUGACAAAGAAAGUUUAACAUUUCUAAAUAGAAAUGGUUGAGUAAAUCAUUAAUAUUUUCUUGGAAAUUGUAUUGAAUGAAAACAAACAAAAAAAGAUGCCAAUGAGAAAAUUAAUGAAGUAUCAAAAUUAGGAAGUUACAGAAGACAGUGAACUAAAAUUUGAUUUGAUUCCUACAUACUGAGCUCAGAAAAAGGAAGUUGCAUUGCUUUUCUAUUAAAUUCAAGUUUGUGUUUCUUUUUUCUUAAAUUUUCUAAAUUUCAAGGUGUCUUAAUGUCCAGUUGCUCUGUAAAACUGGAGAAAAAUAUUUCUGAACUCCAUAUGUGUGUGGAUCUGGCUGUUACACAAAACAAAAAAGAAGUGUAAGUCUAAUAACUGAUUUUCAGGUAUAGUGCGGGACAGAAACAUUCAAAGAUAACCAGCCCUUGGUCAGUUUAAUGACUCUACAUCUGCUAGAUGAAAAAUACCAGCAAUAUAACACAGUAUUGUAGGGCCUCCAGGUAUUAUAUUCUUCUUAUGAGCAAGAAACACUGAAGUAAAUUUAAUAAAUAAUCCUUUUCAGUCAGUUCCUUGUUCAUUUUUAAUAGUUUUUGGUUUUCUUUUUUGUUUGUUUCUGAAAUAAGUUUCAUUUAUCUGCCAUAUCUCAGAGUCCUUCACCUUUCUUGAGAAAGAACAAAGUAAUAAUCUCAAAGUUGUUGUUGUGAUCUCACCCUAUGUACAGGAAGCUACUCUGCAAAUGAAUAUCUUCCUUAGAAACAGUGGGCCAGGGAGGGAAGCUGCUGUGUGAUUAAAGUUUUUGGCAGGUGUUCAAAAUCAUUGCUACUGCUUUGGAAUUCUUCCUGCAGUGGUUAUGGCAGAAAGGAAAAGAAGGAA